GUCAGCGCCCUUCAAAACCUAGGUAGUUCUACAAGACCACGGGUCUUGAAGAAACAAUUGUGAAAACCUGUAUGCCUAAGUUCCAAGGGUUCACAACUUUUUUUUCUUUGUGAACUAAAAUGAAAAACUUUCUUCAUUUAAUAAUUAUAUAGUUGACUGCUGAUUGAUAACAAUAACAUAUUUGAAAUAUGAAUUCAAAACUCUCAUUGGCAUUGACUAAAUUGUGGAAAUUCCGACAGCAAUGUAUAUCAGUAUGUAGUCAGCUCCCUUAUGGUUUCGUUAACAGUCAAUCCAUGCAUCAAAAUACAUUGAUCCACCAUAGUCAAGAAUGUAACAGACAGUUUUCAACAACUUCUAUUAGAUGUAAAUAUAACUUGAGAAAAUUCCCGCCAUUGAAAGCGUACACAAAACCCAUGAAACCAAAAGUAGAAAUACCUGUUGUUAAUAUAUAUCAAAAUAUGAUGGUAGAAGAGCUUGGCAGGGUAUUGAAGAAAAAUCAAGAGGAAAUGUUAAUAAUGAUGAUGGAAAUUGAUAAUGCUGAUAAAUACUUGAAUUGGAAUUCAGUGAUAGAUGAUAUAAAAAUCAUAAAGAAAGCUGUUAAAUUGGUAGGAUUUAAAUUUGAUGUUAUAAAUCCUCCUAACAAGAAAAUCGUCCAGAAAACCAAGUUAACUGAUAUUAAAAAACAACCUCCACCAGAUCCUAAAAAUCUUGUCAAAAAAUCACCAGUAGUUACUAUCAUGGGACAUGUUGACCAUGGGAAGACAACUCUAUUAGAUUAUCUAAGGAAAUCCAAUGUUGUGGAUCAAGAAUUUGGUGGUAUCACUCAACAUAUUGGUGCUUUUUCUG